AUCAGCCACUAUCCAUGUUGUUUGUUGAUGUUACAUCCAAACCACUAUGGAAUCUGGAUGAUUGCAUUUUACCCUUAGCCCUAACCCAAUUUUAUAUGACAGUCCUCUUUACAUUUUGUGUGUGUUUUUUAGGACACAAAAAGACCAAAGACCAGCUGGAUGUCGUUGUUUGCCAGUACAGGGACGUUAACUACCUGACGAGCACUAGGACCCGUUCGGAUUAGUAGUGAUUUGGAGAGGUCUACUACACGCGCCCCUGUCAAAAGUGUAGUGUUGGCCACACGCGCGCGCUGCAUAAGAUGCGGGUGUACAUUACAGCGAGGGUCUUCUGAAGCCUGAAAACGGAGUAGCCUACUCCGAAAAGCGCUCUCUUCGUCAUGGAGAUCACCGAUUCCACUUGUAUGGAGCACCUGGUGAAGGAGCUGAGUUUGCUUCUCAAGCUGCUGGAGAACGAGAGCGUGAGUUCAGCCACCGCAGAGAAGAUGAGCGUGGUCAGGAACUUGGUCAAACAGCUGCAACCAUCUGUAAAUGGAUCUGACUUCAUAUACAUGAACACGUCUCUCUAUGGAAAUGGUACCAGCUUUGUUGAAUCACUGUUUGAAGAAUUUGAUUGUGAUCUGCAGGAUCUCAGGGACUCGCCUGAAGAGAUAAAAGAUGUGGAGCAAGAGGAGGCGUCCAAACACGUGCCUACAAAAUCGAGCCCCACAGACACACCUCCUCCCCUUCCCACCACACCUCCACCGGAUGAUUACUAUGAAGAAGCCGUCCCGCUCGGACCGGGAACAGCGCCCCAGUAUAUAUCUACACGCAACAACUCCAGCCCUCCAAAUUCAAUAGAGGAUGCUUAUUAUGAAGACGCUGACAACAAUUACCCGACAACUCGUCUGAACGGGGCCAGCAAAAACUCCUACAAUGAUUCAGAUGCACUCAGCAGUUCUUAUGAGUCCUACGAUGAAGAGGAUGAGGAAGCUAAAAGCAGAGAGAGGACGCACCCGUGGCCCUCAGAGGAGAGUCCGUCGGGGCAAAUGAAAGACUGCCGCAAAUGCGCCUUCCUGCUGCGCAAGAAACGCUUCGGUCAGUGGGCUAAGCAGCUAACAAUCAUCCGAGAGAACAGACUUCAGUGCUUCAAGAAUCCCAAAGAUCGCUCUCCACACGUUGAUCUGCCCCUGAAUCUCUGCAAUGUCAUCUAUGUGCCUAAAGAUGGACGCCGCAAGAAGCACGAGCUUCGUUUCUCCAUGCCGGGAGGAGAGGCUCUAGUGCUGGCUGUGCAGAGCAAAGAACAGGCAGAGAGCUGGCUCAAGGUCAUUCAGGAUGCGGGUAACCUGACAAAAAACAUUAAUGGAAAAGAGAUAUCAUCUUCUCCGAUGAUACUGCGAAAAGUAGAGCUGGAAAAAAUGAUGUCACCAGAUAAACAUACUUCUGAUUCCGACAGCGCAGCCAAUGGCGACGUUACCCACGAAAUCUGUGAGAACGGUAUGGACAUGGACAAACGAUGA